AUGGCUCGAAUUGGCAAACAACGUUACAUGCGUACAUGCGUUGCACAUGAAAUAUUCUGUACUUCGGAGACCGAGGUGAACAAGCUCAUCAGCCUUGUUGAAAAUGUUAGGCUUCAGAUUUUGCAAAAGGAAUUUCCUUGGAAAUCCCCCUGGUGA